GCUGAAGUGAGCUUCCAGAAGAUUAAGAUUCUCAAUAAAGUCUAUCAAUAUGAUAUACUAAUUCAUAUUCAAGAUAAUCAAGAUGGUAAAAUAAUAUUUGUCUAUAAUUUACUAGUAAUUGAUAUAGUGACUCGCUUCAAGAGCGG